AUGAUUGAUAAUGCUCAAGAGAUAGCACAAACAAAAUUAAGCUUGAAAGAGAAAACAUUGAAGCAAAUAAGAGAUGCAGUAAUAGAAGUUGAUUUGAUAAAUUGUGGCUUUGUAAGAGCACAAUGCAAGAGUCAAUGGGAGCCAACUCAGCAACCAAGAUUUUAUAGCCUAAUUAUAGACACACACAAGGCAUUAGUUAUUGUAUUUCAAGAGAAAAUUUUGAAGACACAGAAGCUGCUUUUGAAAUAUGCCAGGAUGGAAACAAUUUCUGGUUGUCAGUUGGCUAUGGUGGCCAGAAAGAUACAAUUGUUGAGCAGAGUCUUUGCUUAUAUGAAAGCCUUGUUGAGAGAAUUUUGGAGUUUGCUGGAUGAGUAUGAUAUUUGGCUAAAUGAGACCUUUUGGGUCCCAUUAAAAGUAAACCUGGCCAACAAGUUAACCCAAGUAUUAGAUCCAUCCAAUUGGAAAUUGGCACAGAAAGUGUUUUUAGAAUUAGAA